UUCGAUGCUUGUCUAGAGGGUAAAGAUUAACAUAUAGUAGACUAUCACUAAGUAGCAUAAUUUGUAGGAUGGCUUCUAACGCGGAUACUAUGCUGAAUGAUGCGGUCACUGUACCUAAAAAAAUCAAGGUUACCAGUUUAUGUGAGCUUUGUCAUGGUCGUAAGGCUGUUAUGAAGAGACCAAAGAACCUUCAAAAGCUCUGUAAGGAAUGUUUUUAUAAAGUAUUUGAAACAGAGAUUCAUAAUACUAUCACAGAUGCGAAGCUUUUCCUGCCAGGAGAUAGGGUAUCAAUCGGUGCUUCAGGGGGUAAGGACUCUACAGUAUUGGCAUCUGUACUCAAAACUCUUAAUGAACGUUACAACUAUGGAUUGGAAUUAGUUCUCUUAUCGAUCGAUGAAGGUAUUAAAGGUUAUAGAGAUGAUUCCUUGGCUACAGUAAAGAGAAAUCAAAUCCAAUAUGAAAUGGAGUUGGAAAUUGUUUCAUAUAAGGAUUUAUACAACUGGUCUAUGGAUGAAAUUGUGUCAUGUGCUGGUAUUAGAUCUUCUUGUACCUAUUGUGGGGUUUUGAGAAGACAAGCAUUGGAUAGAGGUGCAGCCAAGUUGGGGAUCAACCAUGUAGUCACGGGGCAUAAUGCUGAUGAUAUGGCCGAGACUGUGCUUAUGAAUUUACUUAGAGGUGAUACCGCAAGAUUAGAGAAAUCAUGUACAAUUGUAACACAAUCAUCUGGAUCUCCUAUUAAAAGAUCCAAACCAUUCAAAUAUACAUAUCAAAAGGAAAUUGUGUUAUAUGCUCAUUAUAAGAAGUUGGACUAUUUUUCAACAGAAUGUACAUAUGCACCUGAGGCAUUCAGAGGUACUGCCAGAGAACUUCUCAAAUCAUUAGAGGCAGUCAGACCGUCAUGUAUUAUGGACAUUAUUUAUAGUGGAGAGCAUUUAGCCUUGGCACCAAAGAAAAAGAGACCUACUCAACAAUAUAAAAACAAAAAGAAGGUUUCCGAUGAACAAGAAAUUAAUGCAGAUGGAUCUGUCAACCUUAAAAGGGAAUUUAAGGAUGGGAAUAGAUGUGAAAAGUGUGGGUACUUAUCUUCCAAUAAGAUUUGUAAGGCAUGUGUUUUGUUAGCAGGAUUGGAGAUGAACAGAGCCAAGGUAAGUAUUGAGAACAACGAUGCAGUUGAUGGUGCUGCCAAAGUUACAAAGACAUUGGAGCAAUUGAGUUUUUAAUAGAACAAUAUGACCUUAAUGAAAUGACCCUACAUAUUAAAUAACGAAAA